AUGGCGACUCAAAGUCGAAGUAGAAUACGACUUUGGAUUCUUGGUGCAUUGAUAUUUCUUGGUUGCCAGCAAGACUUUCAUGUCUCAGUGGUCGUCAGAGCCAUCGAGCAGUCUUCAUCAUCACAUCAGGAAGGUGUCAAUAACGAGGAUCAUGACCAAACAUCAACAUCGUCAUCAUCAUCAUCAGCAGCUACAGAAGAGAACCCAUCAUCUUCAUCGUUCAUAAAUCAAGGAUCUACAACAACAGCCUUUGGAGUUGCUCGAGACGAUGAUCGGUUAACAACAACAACAACAACCACAACCACAACUGCUGCUGCAGCAGGAAAAAAGAAUAAGCCAAAAGCUAAUAUUAUUGCUGGAAAAGCUAUUGUGGUGGAUCUCACCACUACGUCAACAAUAACGAAUAAUCCGACUGAUGCAAUACCGUCGUCAUCAUCUCAGCCAGUGGAUGUACAAUCAAUACAGGAACCAAUAGUACAGCAGAACGAAGAAAGUGAGGAUUUCAAUGACGACAAUCGGCAUCAUCAAUCCGAAGAAGAUGACACAUCAUCAAAUACUGACAUUGAAAAAGGAACCAAAAAGACGUUGGCAGACGAUGGUUCAGAGAAAGAGCAAUUCGACGAACACUCUGAGCCUAUUGUUUCAUCGUCUACCAAGUCUUUGGAAGCAGCAGAGGACACUGUAGACGCAAAACUCCCAAUACUACCACAAGACAAAGUCAAGGAAUCACGACUACGUCCAGAGGAUGUCGAGCAUAUUGAUCAAAUCGAAGAUAGUUUCUUUGAUCCCUUCACAAGUGACCCAUCUUGCGAGACUGAAAACGAAGCAGAGUGUUAUGCGCCACCAGACUCUACGAUUGAAACGGAAACAAUAAUUGAUGCUACCUGCCUUCAGGGAGGAGGCGAUCAUUUGGAAAGUGACAGCACUGACAGUGAGGACAUGGAAAAUAACAAGGCAUGUUCCGCCGACGGAAACAAACGCAAAGUGGAUAAGCACUGGGGGAAUGAUGAACAAAUCUUGAGCAUGAGAAAUCAACUGCAAAGUCUAUCAAACUCGACGACCAAGGAAAAUAAGCGGCCGCCAAUAUUUUUGAUCCCUGGGUUGGCUUCGACACGGUUGGUGGCUUGGAAAUUCAAAAAGUGCACUGGCGCUUUUGCCAGUGACAUCAAGGUGCAAGACAAUGUGUGGCUCAAUCUCAACUUGGUGCUCCAGAUGGGAACAGUUGAUGUGAAUUGUCUACGAGAAUGUCUCCAGCUUGGUCUGAACCAAUCCGAUACUGAUGAUUGGGAGACUGGAUGCAAACUGCGACCGGAUGAAGGCUUGGAUGCGAUUGCUUCUCUUGCCCCUGGUGGCAUUGGAAGUGACCUGCUGAUUGGUGGAACGAAUACUGUCUACGCUUGGUUGAUUCAAUGGUUGGCCGACAAUCUGGGAUACGAUGUUUCCAAUAUCGUGGGAUUGCCGUAUGAUUGGAGACUCACACCCGACAAGAUGGAAGAACGGGACGGAUUUUUGACCAUGAUGCGGAAACGAAUUGAAGGCUCGGUAGCUACCAAUGGUCACCCUGGAAUCAUGAUUGCACAUUCGAUGGGCAACGUUGUCUUUCGCUACUUUUUGGAAUGGCUUCGAAUCGAAAUGAGAAAAGAGGCCUACAACGAUUACAUCAAACGAGCGAAACGAAGAGCAAAGAGUAAGAAAAUGCAAGAGGCUUUAUACAAAGCGAAAUCUGCUUCCUCUGGUAGUACUCCAUCCGCUCCGUCCGCAACAGGCAACAGUUGGACCGAAGGAUGGAUGACCGGGGUGGCAUCGAGUAUUGAUGAUAUUUAUGGAUGGCUGACUUCGGAAGAGGCAACCCGACAACAGCAGCAACAGCAGCAGAAACAACAGCAACAAAAAUAUCCGAAAUGGUCCAAGACCGGAUCUGAAUCUAGUGACAAUGAUCUGGAGAUGGACAGCGCGACAAAAGCUCAAUUGUGGGAACUUGCCGUGGACGAAGGAGAUGCCAAUUGGCUGGAAUGGAUCGAAGCCCACAUUUGGACAUAUGUAGGACUUAGCGCGCUUCACUUGGGAGCUAUCAAUCCACUGCGUGCUGUGAUAAGUGGAGAGCACAUGGGACUCCCAAUCACGGACGAAAUGGCAAGGGAAAUGGAGCUGAGUUUUGGAUCCACCAACACGAUGAAUGCGGUGUCCACCUCGACGGGAUUCUGCGACGAUCCAGCCAGCCGAACACGAGAGUCUGAAGCGCACGGAGGCCCCAAUAGUCAGCGUCUGGCUUGUUUGGAUGAUAUUGCCAUUGACAUUGAAGCGACCAGCAAAGACGAUAAUGAUCCAUGGAAGCAUUUUCCAGCACUCAAGUCCUUCCUCAGAGAUAGGGUCGAUUGGAACAGUGGAAAGCCAAUGAUUGAUAUUGAAAUUGAACGCUGUCAGGGAAAAAAGGGAAAAAGGCAGUGUGUUCAAGAGAAUCUCAUGCACGUCAAGCCAAAAGAGGUGGAGACAGGGGAAGUCUUUCGAAUAUUCAACAAUCUGUGGCCAGAAGAAGGUGAUCCACUCAUAAUAAAGAAAGACCAAUUGGACAAUUCAUUUGGAGCUGCAGGAAAACCCAAUGUUUUGAACCAUACUUGGGACCGACCAUUGAUCAAACACGUCAUCAUGGCAUAUGGUGUGGACGUGACUACCGAAUCUGGAUACGUUUACAACAAACAAUACGAAGUGAACGCAGAUGGAGAGGUGGCUAUUCCAAAGAAUACUACUGGUCCACCACCUGAUCUCAAAUCAGUUUUCUGGGAGCAUCCUCGUGGCAAAGUGACACGAGAGCAUUUGGAUGGAAGUCGUGGCAGUACCUUGGAGUCUCUUUUGGGGCAAAAGAAAAUGAAAGAAGAUCAAUUCAAUAUGACAACAGGAAGAUUAGCUCGCUGCGGUGAUGGAGCGGUCCCGUACUUGUCCCUAAGCUGGGCUCACACUUGGCUCUUGCACGCCGAACGCGCCAAGAGAGCCUCCAGUAUCUCUUCCAAAGAGCCUACAAACCCCUUGGACUCGAUCAAGAUUAGCCAUCGACCACAGGGUGAGAUUGAUUGGAUCGAAGGGCCGCCGCCGGAGAAAUUGACAAUUGUGAAUGACAAGUUGGUGGAUGUUGCGGACAAGAAAUCGGGCCACCCUCAUGGGACACGAUACAAACCAGAGAUGAUUCGAUAUCACAACGUUGGUGUCUCUAGAAAGACAGGCAUAGAAUACACGACAACAGUGAUCGAAGCCAUUGGUGUGGAGCACAAGGAAGCUACGAGAAACUAUGACUUGCUUGCCGCCGUAUUCACAGAAGCCUUGCAGCAUAUGCACGAUGAUCUCAAUCUCAUACAGGAUGAUAACAUAAUUUAG